AUGUCUACUAUUGCCAUCACAGGUAUUGUCGCCAUUUCUUCCGCGUUCAUAUUUUUUACCACCAAGCGAACUCGAAUAAGAGUUAUCAAGCUCGACUCUCGUUGGGAAAGUCUGGUUUGGACAUGGCGUCUCAUGAGAUCGAAUUUGAAAUUUCCGGAGACACUUAAAGACUGGCAUUACAAAACUUACGAUUCCGAUUCAAUGACGCUGGAAUUAUACUCCAUUAAAUACUUCUGGCUGUUUUUGGACCCUUUCUUUUCCUCCCGAGGGUAUCGGUUCUAUCGAGAGCAUCCAGACCCGGAUCGGUGGAAUGAAAUAGUCCCUGCUCCCUGGCCCCCUCAGGCAAAGAACGCGUCUUACCCUUAUGCUCGUCACGUCCGAAGCAACGAGCCAGUCCCAAGAUCUAUACUGUACCCGCGUAUUUGGUUUGCUCGUGAUCUUCAAGGAAGAGAAGUAGUGAUUAAAGUCAUAUCGGAAGUAGACAAACCGACGCAAGAGCUGAAGGUGUUUCAACGCCUUAACGAUAAAAAACUGCGAGAUAAUCCGGCAAACCACACCAUCUACGCUCUAGAAUACAUAAAAUUCGAUAAGUUCAUCUUUGUGGUGAUGCCCAGGUGGGAUUGUGCAUGUGUAGCCGAAUUCGAGUCCGUCUCCCAACUCAUGUCCUUCGCACUAAUAUGGUUAGAGACAUUUGCUUUCCUACACAGCAACAAAAUUGUGCAUCUUGACUUUAUGGCCCAGAAUACUGCCAUGAAUGUGAUUCUUCAACCUUUGGAAUAUUUUCGUAGAACGGGUUUGCGAGAUCCGAACGAAGUUCGAUAUGCCCUUAUCGAUUUUGGUAUUUCCAUAGCUUUCCCCGAGGACACGGUCAUAGAAGAUUUGCGCAUGAUACGCUAUAAUUCAUGGUUUAUACGCAACAUACCGGAUGAUUCGGUUAUCUAUCCGUACAAUCCCUUCAAAGCAGAUGUAGCUCUACUAGCGAGCGUCCUUCAAACAUAUGUCAGACACCUCGAAAGCCUAGUCCCUGAACUAGGGCCAUUUUUUGAUUCGGUGGUUAAUAUGAAUGACCCUAAUCAGUUGACAGCGAGUCAGGCAUUUGCUAGAUUCAAAGAAAUAUGUGACGGCCUCAGUCCUGAAAUUGCUGGGUCAUCUUUUGAUAGCUGGAUAUGGCGCCGAGGUGGCAUAAUCAAGAAAAAAAAUGGAAAACCCAUUACAGUGGAUGUUGAUGAACCUAGUAUGGAUUGA